GGACUCAAGCGCUCAUCAUCUCCAUGUCGUUCCACUGGGACAAAUGGAGGAUGCAUCGACAUCAGGAGCCGUCGACAGAUGCUGCUGUCAAGCACAGAGUACGGACUGCAUCUGUUAAAAUGCAAACACCUCCACACCGAACCCACAGCAGCAGCCGCCUCCCCAGCACGGCUGCCUGGACUUCAAAGGAGAAAGAUUGGCGUGAUACCAGAGUCGUACUACGGCGCUCUACACAAACUUUAACUUCAGCGUUGCGUUGUUAUUUCACUUCACAUUUUCCACCGUUGUCUCAUGCAUAGCUGCUUAUUAUUGGAAACUGUUUAUGUUGGUAGAUGCAUAGUGGUGUAGCAGCCGUGUAGUUUAUUCAUAGCAGUGAGUCUGAGCUUUUGCUUUGUGCUGUUUCCAGUCAAGCAGGACAACAGGGAGACUUUUUGUCUCUGCUGGGAUCAAUCGCUCCAUAGAUGACGCCCACCCAGCCAGGCCUCUCUGUGGGCGGCUGGGAGCCCAGCAGCCCUGCAGGCCGGCCCCAGUCCAGCCCCGCCCCGGCUCAGGGCCUCCUCCGGCCCCCGCAGCAAGCAGGGCAGGAAGGACCGGAGAGCUGAACUUUACAUAUGAAAGCUUUCAGCUGACAUCUCUAAAGUCACCAAAGGAGAGAGCAGAGCUUCAUUAUUGUGAACUACUUCCUGAUCACUCACGGCCAAUGGGAUCGCAGUGUCAGAAAGGAAGCUGAUUGGAUUGUCGAGAGGACGGUAAUCCCACAAAUCAGCACACAGGACCGAAUCACAGAGAGAAUCCCUUUAGGCUGACACAAAAAGAGCAAAACGUGACUGAAGGCCGUGCAGCGAAGGACCGCCGGUUUGGAUGGUUACCUGCUGCUGAUGAUCUUUUUCAGGGCGACUCGAAAUAAACAAAGAGGGUCACGAUGUGUUCGGGGCGUCAUUAACCUGUCUGCAUCUGUUGCUAUGGAAACAGCACAGAAUUUGAUUUGAUCUCCAUCUGCUCGGAGGCUGAUCCAUGGGAGCGCCAUAAGAAGAAGAAGGAGGAAAACGAAGAAAACCUGGACCAGGGAGGACCAAAGGGGGACAAAAACUCACCAGGUAUGGCGGCCGUGUUGCCGAGAACCCUGGGUGAGCUGCAGCUCUACAGGAUCCUGCAGCGGGCCAACCUGCUCUACUACUACGAGGCUUUCAUCCAGCAGGGCGGCGACGAUGUGCAGCAGCUGUGCGAGGCCGGGGAGGAGGAGUUCCUGGAGAUCAUGGCGCUUGUCGGCAUGGCCAGCAAGCCGCUGCACGUGCGGCGCCUACAGAAGGCUCUGCGGGACUGGGUCACCAACCCGUCCAUAUUCAACCAGCCGCUCACAUCGCUGCCUGUCUGCAGCAUCCCCGUCUACAAACUCCCUGAAGGCUCGCCAACACUGCUCAGUGGUCAAGACAGAGCCAACACGGCCAGCGUCAAGAUGCCCAAAGCUAUCGCCGCCGCCUGCUCCGACCCGGGGAAGCUGGAUGUGGCGAGAGACAAAGUGUCAGCUGGGUCACCUCUACAGGGCAGCAGCGAGGCUCGCUUCUGGUCGGGACACAGCAACGACAGCGAGCACAGCCUGUCGCCCUCAGACCUCGGCUCGCCGUCGUCACCCAGAGACGCAUUAGAGGCUCUGGACGCCGCCGCCGUCCAGUCAGUCCUGGAGUGUGUGGACAGGAUGGUGCCAGGACUUCCUAAAACAGACGUGGCUGAGGUCAAAGAGCAGCUGAAGAACAACAAGAAACUGGCAAAGAUGAUCGGACACAUCUUUGAAAUGAGUGACGAUGAUCCACGCAGGGAGGAGGAGAUCCGUAAAUACAGCGCCAUCUAUGGACGCUUUGACUCCAAGAGGAGGGACGGGAAACACCUGACGCUGCAUGAGCUGACGGUGAACGAGGCGGCGGCUCAGCUCUGUAUGAGGGACAUGGCGCUGCUGACACGUCGAGACGAGCUCUUCGGACUCGCCCGCCAGAUCUCCAGAGAGGUCACCUACAAAUACACCUACCGCACCAGCAAGUCUCGCUGUGGAGACAGAGACGAGCCGUCACCAAAAAGGAUUAAAACAGAGGAGAACUUCUUCGACAUCCAGGAGGCGCUGCAGGCGAUCCACAUGAGGCAGGAGAUGCUGAGGGAGCAGCUGGCCUGCGCCAAGUCCAAAGGAGAAGAAACCGUGGGGCGAAAUCUGCAGAUGCAGCUUGAGCGUCUGCUCGCACGGCAGAUGGAGAUCCUGCAGGACGCCGCCGUCCAGGAGCGACUCCAAGCUCUGGACUGGAGGAUCCCUCCUGCCGCUCUAAAGUACCUCAACGACGCCCAGAACACCAACGGAGCGGCUGCAGACGGGAGUAGAGAUAACCAAGACGAAAGACCAAUCAACUUGCGGGUUGUUAGUCAGAACAUGCAGGAAGGCGACCUCCCAUUGGGCAAGCAGCUAGCCAAUGAACUGAAGCGCCAUCACAACCACAGCAACAACAGCAACCACACAGACGAGACCAAAACACCAGCAACAGAAAACGGGACAUCGCAGCGAGCGUCCAACAACGCAGAGAAGAAAACCAUCAAAUCAGAGCCGGAAGACUCCACAUAGUGCCUCCCGCCUCUCCUCUCCUCACACCACCACGCCCCCCC